GCUGUCCUACCAGAGAAACGAUGAUGAUGAGGAAGAAGCUGCCAGAGAACGUCGCCGACGUGCUCGACAGGAGAGGCUGCGGCAAAAGGAAGAAGAUCUAUCAGGAGAAGUAACGGAGAAAACAGAAGUUAAUGCCCAAAACAGUGUGGCAGAAGAGGAAACCAAGCGUACUACAACCACAGGGGGAACAGAUGACGAAGCUGCGUUGUUGGAGAGACUGGCAAGACGGGAGGAGAGACGCCAAAAACGUCUGCAGGAAGCCCUGGAACGUCAAAAAGAAUUUGACCCCACGAUCACAGAUGGGAACUUGUCACUGCCCAGCAGGAGAGAAGUAAACAAUGUGGAAGAAAAUGAGACCAUGGGGAAAGAGGAAAAAGCUGAAACACGCCGAGGACACUAUGAGAUUGAGGAAACUGAAACGGUUACCAAAUCAUACCAAAGGAACAACUGGAGGCAAGAUGGAGAAGAGGAGGAAAAAAAAGAAGAAAAAGACAAAGAGGACGUACAGGAGGAGAAACCAAAGGAGGUCCCUGUAGAGGAAAAUCAGGUAGAUGUGACAGAAAAAUCUGCAGAUAAAGAAGAGGUAGUAGAAACAAAAAAUCUAGCAAUAAAUGCAGAGGAACACAAAGCAGAGAAUGAUACAAAUGCUGUGCCAGAAGGGGAGCUUAGGGAUGAGGAAAAGGCUGAGGAAGAAAGGAAGAAAGCAGAAGAAAGGGAGAAACUUGAGGCAGAAGAAAGGGAGAGGUUAAAAGCAGAGGAAGAAAAGAAGGCAGCUGAGGAAAAACAGAAAGCAGAGGAGGAGAAGAGGGCAGCUGAGGAAAGAGAGAGGGCUAAAGCUGAAGAGGAAAAGAGGGCAGCUGAGGAAAGAGAGAGGGCUAAAGCUGAAGAGGAGAAGAGGGCAGCUGAGGAAAGAGAGAAGGCUAAGGCAGAAGAGGAAAAGAGGGCAGCUGAGGAAAGAGCAAGGGCUAAGGCAGAAGAGGAAAAGAGGGCAGCUGAAGAAAAGGCUAAGAUAGAAGCAGAGAAAUUAAAGGAAAAACAAAAGAUGGAAGAAAAGAAAAUAGAAGAUAAACAGGUAAAAGAGAAGACAGUACAAGAGGAAAAACCUCAAGCAGCUUUCCUAAGAAAACAGGGGGAAGAAAAAGAGGUUAAAGUGGAAGCUAAAAAGGGAAAAUUACCAGAUGAGAAGCUCCAACCUACCUCCAAGAAAGAUCAGGUAAAAGAUGACAAGGAUAAAGGAAAAGCACCCAAAGAGGAAAUGAAAAGUAUCUGGGAUCGUAAGAAGGGAGUUCCUGAACAAAAGGCGCAGAACGGAGAGCGUGAACUCACUGCCCCAAAACUUAAAUCUACUGAGAAUGCUUUUGGCCGUUCCAAUUUGAAAGGGACCGCAAAUGCUGAUGAAGCGAAGCCGGGGUCUCAGGUCGAGGCUGGAAAGCGGCUAGAAGAUCAGCGCCGUCGCCGAGGAGAGAAUGAGGAGUUUGAGAAGCUGAAGGAGAAGCAGCAGGAGGCGGCGGCAGAGCUGGACGAACUGAAGAAAAGGCGGGAGGAGCGCCGGAAGAUCCUGGAGGAAGAGGAGCAGAGAAAGAAGCAGGAGGAGGCUGAAAGAAAAGUUAGAGAGGAGGAGGAAAAGAGGAGGAUGAAGGAAGAAAUUGAAAGGAGAAGGGCUGAAGCUGCUGAGAAACGUCAAAAGAUGCCAGAAGAUGGUGUAUCUGAAGACAAGAAGCCAUUUAAAUGUUUCAGUCCUAAAGGUUCAUCUCUCAAGAUAGAGGAGCGAGCAGAAUUUUUGAACAAAUCCGCUCAGAAGAGUGGUAUGAAACCCACCCACACAACAGCAGUUGUCUCAAAGAUUGACAGCAGACUUGAGCAAUACACUAGCGCAAUUGAGGGCACAAAGUCUGCAAGACCAGCUAAGCCAGCAGCCUCCGACCUUCCUGUUCCAGCUGAGGGUGUCCGUAAUAUCAAGAGCAUGUGGGAGAAGGGCAAUGUUUUUUCAUCACCUUCUGGGACAGGAACACCAAAUAAGGAAACUGCUGGACUGAAGGUUGGAGUCUCCAGUCGUAUCAACGAGUGGUUAACCAAGACCCCAGAGACCAAUAAAUCACCUGCUCCAAAACCUUCUGAUUUAAAACCAGGAGAUGUAUCUGGAAAACGUAAUCUCUGGGAGAAGCAGUCAGUUGAAAAGCCAUCUCCUUCUAAGGUAUCAGCUAUGGGGAAAAAAUCAGAGACUAAUGGUUUGAGACAGUUUGAGAAAGAACCAUAG